AUGUCAGCAUCUACAACAACCCAAACCGAGCAAUUGGUGCGCCUGACUAGCAAAGACCAACUCCCCGCACUCCCCUCAGCAAACGAUGCCACAUUCCAAGGUCUGGCCCGGGGAACCCGCAAUGGAGGUCUCAAGCUACAGGGCAUCCCCACCUUCACGAAUCUCCAAGAAAAGCGCCAAUGGAUGAAGGAGCAUAUGGCUGCUGCAUUCCGCUACUUUGGCAAAUUGGGUUAUAACGAGGGCGUUUCGGGUCAUAUUUCGAUGCGAGACCCCAUUCUCGCAGACCAUUUCUGGAUGAACCCCUUCGCAAAGCAUUUCUCAACCAUCAAAGCCUCCGAUCUUGUACUGCUAGACGCAGAUGGAUUCGUUGUUGACGGUGGUGCCCAGCUGCCAGUCAAUGAAGCCGGAUUUUUGAUCCAUUCUGAGAUUCACAAGGCUCGGCCUGAUGUUGUUGCAGCGGCGCAUACGCACGGUAUCCAUGGGAAGACAUGGAGCUCAUUUGGAAAGCCAAUUGAGAUGCUUACUCAAGAUUCUUGUAAUUUCUUUGGUCGACUCGGUGUUUAUGAAGACCAUGGAGGUAUUGUUCUUUCUUCCGAGGAGGGGAAGAACAUUGCCAAAGCAUUAGGUCCGGAUAAUAUCGCUUGUAUUUUGCAGAAUCAUGGACUUUUGACCGUUGGUCGAACCGUCGACGAGGCCGCCAUUCUCUACUCUAUGCUUGAACAUGCUUGUCAUUCGCAGCUUAUGGCCGAUGCGGCGGCUGCCAAUGGAGUUCCAAAGAUAAUUAUUGAUGAUAACGCGGCUAAGUUCACUGCGGAAGCUGCUCAGAAUCCUCACAACUUCUAUACCGAGUUCCAGCCUGAGUAUGACUUGCUAGUGGAGGAGACCAAUGGAAAGUUCCUUCUGUGA